UCACGUGACUAAUAUUUACGGAAGUAGUGUCAUUUUGUGAACACAGGUCCGUGGCAAGUCUUUUAUUAACCUUUUGUCAGACUAUUCAUGCAUUGUAACAUCACAUGUGGCAAUAAUAGCAACGCGUGUACUUACUUACAAACAGGAUGGACGUAAGAUGUAUUUUAGUUGAUUAGCUAAUAGCAAAGUAACGUUAGCUGUGUGUUAGCAAAUAGCGCUAGCUUUGGUCCUUUGCACCUAAUUCAAUAUCAUUUUCAAACAAUAUUCUGGUCGGUUUCGCUCCGGAGCCACAAGAAGUCUCUGCCGGUGGUCUGACGGGAUUGUAGAGAUUUUGUUCCGACUACGUUUCAGGUAUCAGCUAACGUUUGAUCACCAUCAUCAUGGGGGCCGAGCAGAGCGGAGAUGCUGAACAUAAACACUCCGACUACAGCUCGUCUGUGGUUCCCUCUCCAGCCAAACAGAAGGCCAAGAUGGACGACAUAGUUGUUGUGGCCCCGGGCACUCAGUCCAUGAGAAACAUCCACAACGACCCUGAUGUCAUUAAGCUCCAGGAGAUUCCCACAUUUCAGCCGCUCUUGAAAGGAGUGCUGAGUGGUCAGACGUCGCCCAGCAGCGUGUGUCUGGAGAGACUGGACCCAGCACAGGUCUUGCAGCUCUGCCUCCGCUACCAAGACCACCUGCAUCAGUGCGCCGAGGCCGUCUCCUUCGACCAGAACGCUUUAGUCAAGCGCAUCAAAGAGAUGGACCUGUCCGUGGAGACCUUGUUCAGCAUCAUGCAGGAGCGUCAGAAGCGCUACGCCAAGUACGCCGAGCAGAUCCAGAAGGUGAACGAGAUGUCCAUGAUCCUGAGACGCAUCCAGAUGGGCAUCGACCAGACCGUGCCGCUGAUGGAGCGCCUCAACAACAUGCUGCCCGAGAGCGAACGACUGGAACCUUUCAGCAUGAGGCCCGACGGGGACUCCGGCGCCAAGUAAGCCGCGGAGGGAAGCCCAACCCGAGGUGAUGACCGCGACUUUUUAUUCUCUUUGGUGUUUCAUCCAGCCGACUGCUGAGGAGCUUUUGGGUCUGAGUGUUCCGAAACUAAAACUUGUGAGCGCGAGACACGAUUGCAAAUGAGCUCUGGAUGCCCCAGAAAGCUGCAAAAUUGGGAACUCGGUGGAUUUAAAAGCAAGAAGAAAGUUUGGAUCUUAUACCUUUCCACUUCAUGGCCUGCGUCUACUUUUCAUGGAAUAUCAUGACAGAUGAAAAUCAUGAGGACGUUUGAAACGUUUCCACUCAUGUAUGACUUCUCCAAGUCUAGUUGUAUUUUUCUUUGCUGUAAAAGGAAGGAAAGAGAAAAUAAAUGAAAAGGGUCGUGUUAAGUUGCAUUUUAAAAUAAAAC